AUGGCACCGUCGGAGCAUCUGCAGCCAGAAGAGCAAGCAUGGCAAGCUAUCUUCGAUCGGCUUUGCGAGCGAUUCCCCGAUACAGGAGCAGCCAAAGUGGCUGCCAUCCUCCGAGAAAACAAUGGCCACGCAGGUCAGGCUGCAGCUGCCAUUCGGGAGCAGCAGCAGAUUCCCUCCGCCUGGCGCGAAAACCCCAAGCUGGUCACUACAGCUCUCUCCGGUCUGGUCAAGAAAACUGCCUGGCCUCAGGUGCUGGAGCUCGUGACGAGAUUAGAAGAGGUCGAGCUGAAGCCGGAUUCGAUACAUUUCAACACAGCAAUAGCAGCAGUAGCAAGGGCUGGCCACUGGACCAUGGCUUUCGAGAUGUUGAAGGCCAUGUUGGAGAGGGGCCUGCAACUAGAUGCUUUUUCGUAUUGCUCCACCAUCAGCGCAUGCGAGAAAGCAAGCGUUUGGAUCAUGGCCCUCGGUGUCCUGAAAGAGAUGAUAGAGUCCAAUCUUGGCCGAAGUACGAUUGCCUUCAGCUCUUCCAUCAGUGCUUGUGAGAAAAGCAACUGCUGGGAAGCGGCACUGCAACUCCUGGCAGCCAUGGCUUGCGACACAGUGCAGCGUAACACUAUUACUUUUAAUUCUGCGAUCACCGCAUGCAGCAGGGCACAGCGGUGGCAACUUGUCACGCAGCUGUUGCUGGACAUGUCUAAAGACCAGCUGCAACGGGACACAAUCACAUACAGUGCUGUUAUCAGUGCCUGCGAGAAAGCGAAACAGUGGCUGCUGGCCAUGGACUUUUUCCAGAAAAUGGAAGUUGCUCAGAUCCGCAAGAACACAGUGACGGUGAAUGCAAUGCUAAGUGCUUGUGGGAAAGGUUCCGCUUGGGGUAUUGCGCUGCAGAUCCUGCAGGAGAUGACGGUGCCGGCAACCCACAUUACGUACGCGAGCAUUCUCAGCACUUGUGGGCAGCAAGCCAAAUGGGAGCACACCCUCGCUAUGAUCAAGACAAUGGCUAGGUCGUGUUUCAUGGCAAACGGAGUGGAGGCAGGCUCCGCCAUAGCUGCUCUGCAAGGCGAAUUGGGAUUCGAGCGUGCUGCUGAUCUGCUCAAAGCUCUUCGAGGUGCUUACUUCGGCUCUAGCGGAUGGCAAGACAUUUUUGGAUGUGCUCGUCAUGGUGCCGAUUUCGGGCCAAUUGCCGAGAUGAGCGAAUACCGAGAAGACUUCGCAGCAAUGAGGAGCAGGCUGCCUAGACUGCCUUCAUUAACGCUGCUGUACCAGUCCGAUGGCCUCGUCGCUGUCUCCAAACCUGCCGGCUUCUCCACAGAAGAUGUACUCCGCUUCCUGUCUGCGAAGCUGAAGACCAGGAUAACACAAGUCUCCCGCUUGGACCGGCCCACAUCUGGCGUGCUGCUUGCAGCAGUUGGCAGCACAACUAGCCUCCAAGCAUGGUGGCUCUUGGCACAGUUUGCGGGGCGCCUCAUAUCCAAAAGCUACUUGUGUUUGUGCAUUGGUCUAGCACCAGCCGGAGCAGAAAGGGAAGUUUCAAGCCCACUGCUGACCACUCACUCUAAAUCUGCUGGAAACGGAUACAGCUGGACAGAGGUAUCUUCAGCCGGUCUGCCAUCAACGACUCGCUACAAGGUUUUGGCCACGUUCACAAGGCAGCAUCUGCUCGAAGAAGGAGUCUGUUUGCUACAGGUGUGGCCUGUGACUGGAAGGACUCACCAAAUCCGGGCGCACUUGGCCAGUGUGGGCUUGCCUUUGGUGGGCGACGACAAAUAUAACAAGGCGAGCAACGCCUCCGGGGAAGGCCUUGAUGAGCAGCGCACGCUUGCCAUUUCGCAGUGGUGCCCCACGCUGUUCCUGCACUGCUGGGAGCUUCGUUUCUUAGGUCUGGACGAAGAGCCCCUCCGCGUCCGUGCUGACCUGCCUCUGCCACUGCGCCGAGACCUUGGUGGCACUGGCAAGCGAGAGGUUGAUCCUGAUGACCAGGAGCACGUGAAGACACUCCUUACGAGUCCCGUCAUGUUUGCCGCGGUGUGCAAGGAGAAUUUUCGGAAAUUCGACGCCAAUGGUGACGGAGUGCUGAGCUGGUCGGAGGUUUUGCCCCUCGUGAACAGCCUUUACGAGAGUUUCGGCUUGCAGCCGCCACGCGAGGGCAACCUGCGCUCAUUUUUUGAUGCCACAGACCUGAACAAGGACGGCGUUCUGUCAGAGAAGGAGUUCAAGAAGUUCUUCGAGUGUUUUCUGCGCUAUGCAUUCUUUGAUGUUGUGCAGAAGGAUUCUGCAAACAACAAAGCACAAGGUGUCACGGAAGCAAAGGGGCCGGAGGAGAAUGAGCGAGCAGAGAAGGCUGAAGAGAGAAGGUCUGCAAGUUGCACUGCAAAUCCAGCGCCAUCGGCGGAUAUAAGAGGAGGCUACGAGAAACAGGCUCGAGUAGCGCAAGGAGCGCAGGGAAGCCCAGGUGCCCUGCCUUUUCGCGUCAUUGCUCCCCAUGGAAUUUCCUGGAGGAGAAGCCCCGAAUUCAACGACAGACUGGACAGCAGCGUUGGGGCAGGGGAAGUGGUGAAGGUACUUGAACAGUGGGUGAAAACCGACAGAGGUUGGCUUCCAUUGCAUGACGCACGUGGCAAACCCCUUCUGCAGCCCGUGGAGGACCCUGAAGCUGCUCGGCGCGUCCCAGCAGGAGCUGCUGGGCCGGCUUUCACAGCCUGCAGGCGCGAGAAGAAGCCGAAAGAGGCCGAUGCCUCGCAACCUGAUGGCCGACGCCUUGGUUCUGCCAAGUCGUUGGCGUUCUUCUGGAUGCUUGCAGCUAGGGCCCACUGGGUUCACUGGCACGACCAGUCGGCCAUAGAUGGGAAACCACGCAGCCUGUUUAAGCAGGGUUUCCAUCGCGACUGA